UUUCGCAGAGAAUUUUGUGCCGUGAACAAUGGCAUCCGCGGAAGAUUAUUCUCUGACGUGGUGCGAUCAUGCCCCGGCUAUGGCCAAGUACCUGAACACGCUCCGAUGCGAGAACCAAUACACCGACGUUGUGUUUUUCUGCGGCAAAGAACGGCUUCCUGCGCACAAACUCGUCCUUCUCGCCAACAGCACCUACUUCGAAGACAUCUUUGGCCUGGUUCCUGAUCGACCCGGGAUCACGAUCCCGAUCGUGAUGCACCACAUCCGCAGUGACCUUCUCAAUCUCGCCCUGGAGUUCAUGUACACCGGGGAAGUGAGUGUCGCGGAGAAGGAUUUGCAGAGUUUCAUGGCAUUGACGAGUGCGUUGGGGAUUCGUGGAUUCCACGCGGAAGAUCAGCAGCAGCAAAAUCAACAACAGAAUUUGGUUGACGAUGACGGGAGCAGUAAUAAGUCAGUUCAUGUGGGCGAUGUUCAGGAAUCUGCUGUAUCGGAAAUUCGUGAAUCUUCAGUCAUUCUGGCGACUGGUUCAAGUGCACCUGUGGCGAUCUCGGGAACAAAUUCAGCGGAUAACGCUUAUCAGGUUUUGCAGCCUGCGGGCGAAAUCUUCAUGGCACGUCCUCCUGACCCAAAGAAGCCCAGAUUGGCGAACUGA